UCAGCAUCAGCCGAAGGACAGACUGUUGAAAGUUCCUCAAAUUGCUUGAUUACCUGCAAGACCUUCACCAUCUAAAAGAGUUCAAACAGAUUGUCUGCUGUUUUCUGAAGGAUAAAACAUGAGUCUUUUACAACCACAAUUGGACAAAAUCAUCAAGCAAAGUACUAAAAUUGCGAAUGGACCUCCUACUCGAUACAAUCUGAAACCAAGGAUAGUCUCUCAUGAUGAAUCUAAAACAUACAGCAAAAUUACAUUUGGGGAAAGAAACAAAAACAAAUCCCACAGAGUCAUUAUAAUGGUGGGAGAAACAGGAACAGGAAAAACAACCCUACUCAAUACCAUAGUCAACUACAUGUUGGGUGUAAAGAGAGAAGACAAGGUUUGGUUUGAGAUCACAGAUGAUCAGAGUGACCGAACAUCAGCUCACAGUCAGACCUCCAGAAUCACUGUUUAUGGGUUUUAUCUGCAAGACAGUCAAAUUGACCUAACAAUCAUCGACACACCAGGAUAUGGAGACACUCGUGGAAUUGAUCUUGAUAAAGAGAUCUCUGCGAGUUUGCUUAGUUUAAGCAAAUCUGCAGAAGGAGUCAAUGAAAUACAUGCAGUGUGUCUGGUGAUUAAAGCAACACAAAAUCGACUCUCUGAAAGACAAAUCUACAUAUUUGAUGCGGUUCAGUCUUUAUUUGGAAGAGAUAUUGUUGAAAACAUUGUCUUGCUCUUCACACACUCAACUGGAAAGGCACCUAAAAAUGCCCUGACGGCUGUUAAAGAGGCUAAAAUCAAGUGUGCAGUAAAUGACAAGAAUCAGCCAGUGUAUUUCCUGUUUGACAACUGUCAGUCAGAGGCUGCUGAUGAUGAAGAUGAUGAUGAUGAAGAAGGUGAAACAAUCCAGAAUCAAUCAUGGAAUCGCAGUUUUAGAGGAACAGAAAAAUUCUUCAGCUUUCUUGACACAAUACAACCAAAAUCUUUGCAAAUGACUCAAGAUGUGUUGCAGAAACGGAAGCAGUUGGAGGCAAAUGUCUCUAAUCUACAAUCACGAGUUCAUGAGAUAGAAUUAAAGCAAAAUGAGCUGAAAGAAAUUCAAGAAGCUCUGGAGAAGAACAAGGAGUAUGUCAAAAAAAACAAAAACUUUGAGUAUGAAGUUAAUGUGCCCUACAAAAAAAGGGUUAACAUUGAUACUUCUAAAGCCAGUGUGGCAAUGUGUUGCACCGUCUGUGAGGAGAACUGUCAUUAUCCAGGAUGCUGGAAGUACACUUUUUUCUCAUGGUGCGAAAUGUUCGAAGCUGGUUACUGUACAGUGUGCACAAAUGAAUGCCACAAGGACAAACAUGUCAAAGAAGACAAAAUAUAUGUGCAAAAGACAAAGAAGGUGAUAAAGACAUAUACAGACUUAAAGAAGAAAUAUGAUGAUAUGAUUGGUGACGGUGUCUUUCUGGUCAGGAAGCUUACAGAAGAGCUGCAAGAAUAUGAGGAAAAGAAAAUAAAGCUGUUGAAUGAGGCUUUUGACUGUGUGCAAACUCUGCAGGACAUCGCACUCAACACUGAUUCAGUGAACACACUCUUGCACUCUGAUUUUCUGAUUGAGAAGCUGAAGGAAAUCGAUGAGGCUGAAAAGGCCACAAUAUUGGAAAACAUGAAGAAAGCAGGAGAAGAAAAACAAGGGGCAGUUGGAUACUUUAAAAGUUUUUUAAAAAAAUGAACAAAUAAUGCCUCAGAUACUUCAAAAAUCUGAAUCCUUAAUAGCAUUUUGAAAAUGAUUCGCCCUCACAUAUCUUUCAGAUGAUGUAAAGCUAUAUUAUCAUUCAUUAGUAAUUUUUAUUUUAUUUUUUUAUUUGUUUUAACUUUGGAUACUCAGCAUGUUUAGAUACACAGGAUUAACUGUUGUAAAAUACUUACUAAUGUCAUAAAUACUGCCAUUUUUUUUCCUGGAAAUUUUUGGAAACAUUUAUUCUUCAUUCAUUAAUUCAUUUAUAAUCAUUUAUCAUUCAAUCAUUUUUUUUAAUCAUAAUUAUUUAUAAUAAUCAUUAUAGUCAUUUAGAAACCCAUUCAUUAUUGAUUCGUCAUUUAUAUUAUAUUAUAUUAUUGUUUUUUCAUAUAUAUUUUUUCAUCGUUUAGUCUCUGUUUAGUGGGCUGUUUGUCUUCAUGAAUAAGCGAUAUGAGGGAAUGUUUAUGGAAAUUCCUGAACAGGGAGGUGUUCUCAUUUUAAUGUAACAACCAGACAGAAAAUCUGAAGGGGGUUUUAAAAAGUUCAAAAAUGUUUUAAAAGGUGUAUUAAAGAUAUCUGUCAGAUUAAAUAUAAGGCUAAAGUAAUUGCUCUGAGGGUAAAGACCAGCUAGAAAUAUUUCAUGAUCUGGGAAUGUUUUCAGUGGCAAGUUUUACUUUAGUUCCCAGAAGGUUCUGCUAAAGGUAGGAUAACAUUCUCUAAAAACAUUGUACAAAUGUUUAUUGAUAAUAUUGUUAUAACAGUAUCCUUUAACAUUCUAAUAAUGCUUCCCAUCACACUAGAUGUGGACUUACAUUGCUCAAAUGUCGAAUUUUGGUUGAAAGUGAAAACCCAACCUUGGUUUGAUGUCAAGCUCCAGCUUCAUCAAAUACCUUCAAUACCUUCAUCAAAUGCCUUAUUCAUACAUUUACACAAGCGCUUAUUGAGAUUAACAGAGGUUUAGAUGUUGAUGUCACCAUUAUGGCAAUUUGACUCUUGUUUCUCUUUAGCUGUUGUAACUGUUUUUUAUGGUAAAAGAAACAAGAGAAAAUGUGAUCAGAUGAUGUACUUUAUAUCAGUUUGUUAGCGUUUUGGCUGAAGAUCAAAUUGUUGCUAUUAGAGAUCUUGCUAUUGCAGCUGUGCAUUCUGAUUUUCUUCUGAUACAUUCAUUGAUUUUAACUGAGGAAGUACAAAAGGUUAAAAUUCAGGCUUUAGGAUAGUAACCUGCUCCAGAGGGGGGAGGACAUAAAAUUGUGUCAAAAAUAACUGUUUAUCAUUAGCUACCCCUUCAGAUCCAGAAUAUGUAGAGUUAUUAGGUAAAAAUUAGAUGGAUACAUAUUAGACAUUGUAACUGUUCAUUCAUUUUGAAUAAGAACUGGCGAAAUGCUGUGUGAUGGAGCCAUGAGGAAGAACCUUGUCUUUUAGUGACUUGGGGGCCAACCUCAUGAUGAAGAUAUGGCGGGUGGGGGGCUACGAUGAUUAGCUUUCAGGACUACAGUUUAGUCGCCAACCAAAUGGUCUCUAUGUCCUUUGAUUAUCUGUUAAGUUAAAAAUGGAGUCAACAUAAUUCCAACAAAGUUUGAGCAAUCUUGUUUUUCGAAAAAAACUCUGUUUUCCGUUCUCUUGAUUCUGUGUUUACACAGAUCAUUUUCUGCAACCUUUGAAAACUCCGCUGAGAGGUUCCAGCCUUAUCAUAAUGGGGACAGAUUAUGUCGAUAAACAAUGGCAAACAGAAUAACAGGAAGUUCAGGGAAUGUCAGAGAGAGACGUAACUUUGAAGUGUUCAAACUCAAGAUGGUUCUUCUGGAUAAAUGGAACAAGCUACAGAGAAACUUCAAGACCAGAUCCAGCUAGGAAUGUUUCACAUUCUGGGAAUGUUUUCAGCAGGAAGUUUUACUUUAAUUCCCAGAAUCUGCUAAAAGGAAGGAUAACAUUCUCUAAAUACAUUCUACAAAUGUUUAUUGAUAACAUUGUUCUGUCAUACAUUUCUGUCAUACAUUUACACAAGAUCUUAUUGAGAUUAACAGAGGUUUAACUGUCACACCCAUUUUUGAACACAGAUGUAAAAAUGCACAUAAACAACUUACAUUUUUCCUUACUUACAAUUCCUGAAUUAAAACAUUUUGUAAUAUGAUUUUGAUGUACAUUUUCCAUAGUAACGAAUAACUGACAAAAAUAACUGUUUAUCGUUAGCUACCCCUUCAGAUCCAAAAUAUGUGGAGUUAUUAGACAUUAUAACUUUGUUCAUUCAUUCACUCUUUAAACACACAAAUUAUGUUUUUUUAUCUUUAAAAUUAUCUAAUUCAAAUUCUGUUAGAUUUCAGUUUAUAGAGACAUUACUAUAAUAAAGAUGAAUGUAAAAAAGCUGCUUUUUUGCUGCUUUUGUUAUAACAAACAUAGUUAUAGCAACUAGAGAAAAACACCUAAAAGUCAGGAAUCCAAUUACCCGACUAAAGCAAACACUUAUCACCAUAACGGUGACAUCGACAUCUAAUCAUGUUAAUCUCAAUAAGACCUUUUGUAAUCUGGUUUAUAAUAAGUGAAGCUGGUAAAGCUGUUUUUGGGGUUAUUUAAUGAAGUUAAAUAAGCCAUCAAACAAAGACUGAGUCCACAUCAAAUGUCCAGUGGGAAGCUUCCUGAUUAAAUCUUUAUUAGAAUGUUAGAGGAUAAUGUUCUAACAAUGUUAUCAAUAAACAUUUGUGGAAUGUUUUAGAGAAUGUUAUCCUACCAUUAAGGAGAAUAAUCUGGGACCUAAAAUAAAAUUUGCCACUGAAAACAUUACCAGAACAUAACAAUGUUCUUGGAACAUUCUUACAACAAAAAUUUGUAGCCGAGGACUACCGAUCCUCUUUAAGAACUGACUACUGACUACUAAUUAUUGUGUGGUUUUUGAUUACCAUGCCGCAAGAUAUGGUCAAACAUGACAUGAUGUGAUUUGUAAUUUAUAUAGGGUCAUAGUGAUGUAAUUUUAGUUAAACCUUAAUGAAGUUUUUUCCUCAGUUCAGUAUGGAAUUUGUACGCACAUUUAUUACCAUUAUCUGAUGUGAUUUUGAAUGAUGCACUCUAACUGACAAUUCUGGUUUCCAGUUGAUAGAGUAAAUAAUCUAGCACAAAAACCCUAAUGCUGAGAUGACGAGAUGCUAAAGAUGAUAAUUGGCUAAAGGUGUUAGAGUUGGAAAGUUAGAAAAGUUAAAAGCAAAUACAAUAUAAAAUGUUUUUUUCGGAAAUUCCAAUUGUAGCAAAUCACAGGGUAGAACAUGAUGAAACAUGUAAAGUGAUUGACCUAAUGUUCAUACCUUUUAGAUAAUACUGUAAAAGCAGUCGACAAUUUAUCUAAAGUUCUGCAUGAACAAACAGCUAAACUUGAUUAAGGAUUAUGGUCUUUUAACACCUGAAUGGGACACAUGGUUUAGAUCAAUAUUGGAACACAUUUAAAAGCUUUAGUCACACUUUCAUAAGUGUUGAUGUGUCUUGUUGACCAUUUGACUGUCACAAGGCCAUAGAUGCCAUCAUCCAGUGUUAGACACAUUCCCUAAACCGACGCUGGUAUGCGGUAUGACAGAAGUGACCUGUUCUCUUGAACAUGUAGAAGGGAAAAGUACGGCCUGAUCACCCAAACUUUUCAAAGAAUGUUUUUGAUAAAGAAUAUGAAAGUUUGCUUGCAAUAAUCAUUUUAUGUUUUGCUUCAAGAGAGCAACCAUACAUUUGUGUUGUGUAUUACUUUCUUUUUUAUUCUUCUUCUUCAUUUAUUCUUCAUUCAUUUGUUAUCAUUUUGUUAUUCCAUUUAAUCUUAAAAUCAUUUAUAUUAAUCAUUAUAGUCAUUUAUAUAUCCAUUUCAUUGAUUCAUUAUUUGAUUUUAUAGUCAUUUAUAUUGUUAUUUUGUUGUUUUUUAUGUAUUUUUUUCCAUUGUUGGCUUAUGACUGUGUGGUAUCAAGGGCCGAUUUCUCUUUGUGAAUAAGAGAUACGAAGGGAUGUUUAUGGAAACUCAAGGUUUAUGGGAUGUUGUAAAUGUUGAUGGAUUUGUGUUCUUCAGACAAAGUCUGAGCAUUGAGGCAUA